AUGCAAGCCGAGCUGAGCGCGGAGCCGGGGGACCCCAUUCCUUCUGACAACAAUCACGUCCUUUUAAGAAACUUCGUGGGUUUUAGCUCCUCACUGGUUAUAAAUGAGUUUGCUGUAGUUGUUCGUGUUUGCUACUUUUCCCUCCAGAAGUUUCAGCAGAAGGCUCUGAAGCAAACUAAGCAGAAGAAAUCCAAGUCGGCUGAAUUUCUGAUGGUUAAAGAAGAUAGAGAAGCUAUGGAAGGCACUGGAAAUCCAGCUUUUAACAUGAGCAGCCCAGAUCUCUUAGCGCAUUAGACUUCAGACAAGAGAGUUAUUAGACAUGACAUGCCGGGUCACACCCUUGCAGCUCACCGACAAAAAUUCGGGCUGCUGGCCUCUGCUGAACCAAAAGGAAAUGAAUACAGCAGAAAUUACUUUGACCCACUGAUGGAUGAGGAAAUCAACCCAAGGCAGUGUGGGAUGGAGGUCAGCGGAGAGGUUGAUAAUAGAAUUCUCUGUGAUCGAUUAAUGAGGCUGUUUGACAAGAGUGAACAAGGAGAAGCCCAAGAUGAGAGCUUCAAGGAGAUUGUGGAUUCUGAAGAGCCAGAGAGUUCCAGAAAGAGACCUGAGCCCCACGCCACCUCUGCCUAUGGUGAGGCCUCUGAGGUACAUGUUCAGAAAACUAUAAUUCUGCUUGAAAGUUCUUCCUUGGAACAGGAUUUGAAAUUUGAAGGGGAAGGACUCCAUCAGUACAUCCCUAUGUCCCAUUUAAAGACCGACAAAACCUGCAAGAACAGAGCACCAAGUCAACCAUUAAUUUCAGAGCUAAAUGUCUGUAAAGAAGACAGCUCAGCCAAGCUCUGCACCCUCCCAGAAGUAACUCGCGAAUCAAAGGGAGCAGCAGGACCUUGCUGGAAGGUUGAGCAGGGUCAGGGGCCUCAACGUCUUCAAAUGCAGAUGAAAUGCCUAAGGGGCCUCAAGAACAAGGCUCCCCGAGGCUCUUACCUCCUCAGAGUGUCCUUGCUCCGUCGACUGGGUGUCUGUCCCAUGCAGUGGAGGCAUACAGAGCAGCUGAAGACCAGAACACACCCAGUGAGGCAUGAUGGAAACUUUUAUGAUGUGGGGCUGUAUUUCCAUGAAAGCCUUCAUGUGGUACUCCCUCCUAAGAAAGAUGUGAAACCUGGCAUGGCUUUCUUGUUUGAACUCUGUCUCCUUCGUGGGAAAUACACUUGUUUUGACUGGGUUGUGGGCUGGGCAGCCUUCCCUUUGUGUGAUAACAACUUUGAUGUAGUAGAGGGAAAAUUCAAGUGUCCCCUUCUCCGAGGACAUUAUGAUCAGAGACUCGACAACUUUAGGAAAAUGGAAGAUUUGAUUUGCUUGGACUUGGACCACUGGCUGUGCAAUCUCUACUUUCAGUUUGUUAUUAAACUUCCUCUGUGUUUGGAUGAUCAACAAACCUAUGAAAGACAAACUCCACUUCCCCCUGAAUUUCCAAUUUCUUUAAUGGCUGAAGUACAGGAAGCAGAAUCAGGUGUGGAGAAUACCCUAGGCCUUUCAGAGAAACAAACGGAGGAAAACAUUCAUGCAUCACUGAAUGGUAAGACUAAACCCUCCCUACACUCUUCUCAGGGAAGCAUUUCUAAUAAAAUUGGCCCCUGCCCUAUGGACUGUGAUCUCAAUCUCUUAAAAGAAGACCAUGAAUUACACAAGAAGGGAGAAAGUCUGAUCGAUCACUCAGUGAAGGAAAAAUCAGCUGCUUGGAGAACUACAGAAAUUGAGGAUUAUGCGGAGGAUUUAUCUUACUUGGAGGAACUGGAGAAGCACAGAUUUUCAGUUUGCUGCUUACACAUAAUGACAAGACUCCUGUAGCUGACAUAGCAAAGCUGUACUGGGUAUUUGUGAGAACCGAGCAUUCGGGAAUUCUUGGUGUAAUGCUCACAGUGCUCAUUUACAUCCUCCUGUUCAUCAUUUCUUCUUUAAUUUUCUAUUUGUGUUGUCUCAGAUUGCACAAUGAUUCUUGGAUAUUAGAUGCAUUUCAGCGCAUCUAUAGUGAAGAAACCAAGUUUUUCGUACCAUAUGAUUUGGAGAUUUCCAAUCAGAAGCUCAGCUACAUAGUGAAAAGGUCUGCGCAAUGGAAGGAAUCCAUGGUGAAAGGAAGAAGGUGGCAGUGUAUGAUUAUAUCUGGAAAAACCAUGGCGUCAAGUCCAGAAUCUCCAGCUGUGACCUCCAACAGCAAAAUGAAAUUUCUGUGUCUGCACUUGGUCCAGGGGAUAUUACUUCUCGUGUAUCUAUAUACACUGUUUAUCCCAGUGGGUUCCAAGAGCUAUACCGCCAUUUUCUCCGACUCCCUAAUGGCGCCAUCGUUGAGGUGUUUGGUGAUAUCAGUGGCCUAAGGUUUAUCCCCACUGAAGUAGUCACAGCGAUUCAGGAGCAUAUCAAUGAACUGGAUGGUACACCAGAAGACUCCUUUGAUAUUAAAUCAAGAGAAAUGAAAAGAAUCCAUUAAAAUAAAAAGGAAUUGGUGGCCCCAGUGGCAGGACUAGUAUAAUAAGAAAAGCAUUAUUUUCUGGCUCCUGAGGGAAGCCCACGGCCACAGCAUAUUUCAUAAUCCAAGGAGUCUCUUACUACAUUAUUGCAUCACAAGUUGUUC